UAUGCCCCGCCUGCUCUGCCCUACAGUCCCAGUGGAGGACGGGCCGCGCUGACCGCGGCGCUGAAACGACCCCCGGCAGCCGGGGCGCCCCCCUUGGCCGGGACUCCGGGCUCUUCCACUGCUCCAUUCCCCACUCCCAUGAUGCAUCGUGCACCCGCCGUGCCAGUGCCUGCUCCGGCGGCCAGUACUUCGGGCCCGGCGCAGCCUGCCAGAAAGAAGCGCAAGACGGCCGACAAAAGUCUCCAUCCUGGGAUCAAGCAUAUUGUACCAGAGUCCAAAGCCUAUAUGGAUUUAUUGGAAUUCGAGAAGAAACUGGAUUGUACCAUAUCUCGCAAAAAGAUUGAAAUCCAAGAAGCUUUACGCAAGCCUCAGAAGAUCAAAAAGAAGCUGCGAAUUUUUGUGUCACAUACCUUUACGCCUGGGAAGCCGGAAACAGAAGCUGGCGACGGGUCGUAUCCGAUGUGGGAAUUGCGCGUAGAAGGGCGAUUGUUGGAGGAUCUUAACAAGCAGCAAGCUGCCGGCACAGACGCCGCUGCGAAGCCACCAGCUCCGGAAGCACCCAAAUCUCGACGGAAAUUCUCUUCGUUCUUCCGCAGCUUGAUUAUCGAAUUGGAUCGGGAGUUAUAUGGCCCAGAUAAUCACCUUGUCGAGUGGCACCGAUCGGCCAGCACUCAAGAAACAGAUGGAUUUCAGGUGAAGCGCAUUGGCGAUCGCAACGUUAAGUGCGUUAUCAUGCUGAUGUUGGAUUACACACCUCCUUACUACAAACUGGACAAUCGGUUAGCGAAGUUGUUAGGCUUAUAUGUGGGCACAAAAAUCAGCAUCUUCAGCCAUUUUUGGGAAUACAUUAAGCGGAAUAAACUGCAAGAUCCGUCUCAUCCCGACUAUCUAAAUUUGGAUGCCCCGUUACAAGUGCUGUUCAGCACCAAACAGAUUCGAAUGCAAGAAGUGGCGCAGCGGCUGCAGGCAUUGCUGUUUUCCCCCGAUCCCAUCAUCAUUCAUCAUAUGAUUACGGUGGAUAAUAGCGAAGGACGGCGCACCGCCUGUUAUGAUGUUGAUGUGGAUGUUGAUGAUCCGGCUAAGCCCCAUAUGACCAAUUUCUUCCAGGGCGUAUCACAGACACAAGAGAUUCAGCAGCUGGAUAACAAGAUUUGUGAAACAGUGGAACACAUUAAUCAGCUGCGUAUAAGUCGGGAGUUUUACAUGAGCUUCGCCAGUGAUCCACAGAAAUUCAUUGCCCGCUGGAUUCAGUCGCAGGCGUCAGAUCUGAAGUCUAUGACCGAUGUGAUCGGUGUGCCGGAACAGGAGCGACGGGCGGAUCAUUAUAUCGGGGAUUGGUCGCGGGAGGCGAUACACCGCUAUUUCUACAAUAAACUCUUACAACGCCGUCAAGAACUGGAGCAGGCGCUCAAUAUCAAGUAGACAGUCACCAUCGCGCCCUGUGUGUGCAUCGACAAUUCCCACUUGUUGGUCGUCCGUAUUCUCUUUAGAAGGGAAUUUGUUUUGACCCUCUUUUACCCCUUUGGGGAUUUGUUUAAUUUAAUGUUUAGCGGCAUGAGUUUUGUUGUUUUGACUUGUUUGUAUAUUUGUUCCACUGUUUUUACUUGUCGGGAUUUUAUUCGUCUGUCUUGCUGACGCAACUUGUGCGGGACGUCAUUAUCGUGGAAGUAUACCAGAUUUAAUGCGAAUAAUGGGCAUUUGUAUGAACGUAUGCAAAAUGAUCAGUAUAAAUGCGUUAAUCUGAUUUGAAAAGGUUAAGCGUGGAAGAAAGAUAAACUGUAC